ACCAGACGCUCGGCGCUCGCAGCCAUGGGCCGGGGGUAUCGGAGAACUAGUGGGUCGCCAGCACUGGGGCUGCUGCUGCUACUGCGACUACCGUGGCAGGUGUGGGGGGCUGAGGCGUUUCGAGGAAGCCUAGGGCCAGCUGGACCUGGUUUUCUACACCCAGGGAACACCGCUGGAGAGCCAGUCAUCCCGCACUGGGUCCUGGAUGGACGACCCCGGCACAUGGUCACCCUGGAGGAGCAGGUCUCGAAGCUAGAAGUGGGGCUUGUGGCCUUGAAGGCUGAAGGCCAGGGGCUGCUCCUCGAGCUGGAGAAGAACCACAGGCUGCUGGCCCCAGGGUACACGGAAACCCACUACGGCCCAGAUCGGCAGCCAGUGGUGCUGGUCCCCAACCACACGGAUCAUUGCCACUACCAUGGGCGUGUGAGGGGCUUCCCAGACUCCUGGGUAGUCCUCAGCACCUGCUCUGGGAUGAGGGGUCUGAUCGUUCUCAGCAACAAUGCCAGCUAUUAUAUGCAUCCCUGGUCAGCUGAGGACUCCAAGGACUUCUGGACCCACAAGAUCUUCUGGAUGGAGCGGCUGCUCAGCUGGAAAGGGGCCUGUGGCCACAGGGACCCAGGGGACAAAAGGGACAUGCCCAGCCUUUCUCAAGCUACCCGGAUCAGGGAGAGGCGAGAGUCCCCCUGGAGCCCCAGGUACCUGGAGCUGUACCUAGUGGCUGACCACACCCUGUUCUUGACCCAGCACCGGAACUUGAACCACACCAAACAGCGUCUUCUGGAGGUUGCCAACUACGUGGAUCAGAUUCUCAGGACUCUAGACAUUCAGGUGGCGCUGACCGGCCUGGAAGUGUGGACUGAGCAAGACCGGAGCCGGGUCACGUCAGAUGCCAACGCCACGCUCUGGGCCUUCCUGCAGUGGCGCCGGGAACUGUGGGCACGGCGGCCCCACGACUCGGCACAGCUGCUCACGGGCCGCGCCUUCCAGGGCGCCACCGUGGGUCUGGCACCCGUCGAGGGCAUGUGCCACGCCGAGAGCUCUGGAGGCGUGAGCACCGACCACUCGGAGCUCCCCAUUGGCGCUGCAGCCACCAUGGCCCACGAGAUAGGUCACAGCCUUGGCCUCAGCCACGACCGCAACGGCUGCUGCGUGGAGGCCACGGCGGAACAGGGCGGCUGCGUCAUGGCAGCGGCUACCGGGCAACCAUUUCCGAGAGUGUUCAGCGCCUGCAGCCGCCGCCAACUGCGCGCCUAUUUCCGAAAGGGGGGCGGCGCGUGCCUCUCCAACGCGCCGGAUUCCGGCCUCCUGGUGCCGCGGGCGCGCUGCGGGAACGGCUUUGUGGAAGAGGGCGAGGAGUGCGACUGCGGCACUGGCCAGGAGUGCCUGGACUCCUGCUGCCUGGCCCACAACUGUUCGCUACGUGCGGGGGCCCAGUGCACCCACGGGGACUGCUGCGCAUACUGCCUGCUGAAGCCGGCGGGCGCGCUGUGCCGCCGGGCUGUGGGCGACUGUGAUCUCCCUGAAUUCUGCACGGGCACCUCUCCCUAUUGUCCCCCGGACAUUUACCUACUGGACGGUUCUCCUUGUGCCAGUGGCCGCGGCUACUGCCGGGAUGGAGCAUGUCCCACGCUUGAGCAGCAGUGCCGGCAACUCUGGGGGCCUGGCUCCCGCCCAGCCCCGGAGGCCUGUUUCCAGGUCGUGAACUCCGCGGGAGACGCCCACGGGAACUGCGGGCAGCGUGGAGACGGCAGCUUCGUGCCCUGUGCACAGAGGGAUGCGCAGUGUGGGAAACUGCAAUGCCAGGGCGGGGAGCAGAGCGCGCUGGUGCCACACACGGCGCCGGUGGACUCCACCGUACACCUAGGUAGCCGCGAGUUGACCUGCAGAGGAGCCUUCGUGCUGCCGGGUGCCCAGCUGGACCUGCCUGACUUGGGCCUGGUAGAGUCAGGCACCCAGUGUGGACCUAGAAUGGUGUGCCAGGAAAGACGCUGCCAGAACACUACCUUCCAAGAGCUGGAGCUCUGCCUGGCUGCCUGCCAUGGCCAUGGAGUCUGCAAUAGUAACCGUAAUUGCCACUGUUCUCCAGGCUGGGCUCCGCCUUCCUGUGACAAGCCAGGGUUCGGUGGUAGUGUGGACAGUGGUCCUGUGCAGCCUGAAAGCCAGGACACUUUCACGCUGGCAGUGAUCCUUAGCUUUCUGUUGCCUCUGCUCCCUGGGGCCGGCCUGGCUUGGUGCUGCUUCCAGCACCCAGGACUCCAUCUCCAACAGUGCCUCUGGGGCUCAAGGAGGGACCCCAUGAGCAGUAGGUCCAGACAUAGCUCAUGCAGGGACUGCCCUCUGGGCAGUGUUCACCCCAUGGAGCUGGGCCUGACAACCACUGGAGAGCCCCGGCCCCUGGACCUUGAGAACUCGGCUGGGACCCAAGAGCCACCUUGAGAAUCCUGAGCCCCGUGGCCCUGCUUGUACCCCCAAGCAAGUAGAGUCCAAAAGCCAAGAUCCCGUCUCUGGCUGGUGAAAGGCGACUCCUGAGAUGAGAAGACUUAAGGACAGGUGGCUACUGACAGUGGCUCCAGGCACUUGGAUCCCCGGGGCAGAGCCAGCAAGUCAACCCAUGUCUUGCACCUUCACGCAGCUUUAAGAUUUCUUCCCUGAAGUUACAUCCACACCAUCUACUCCAGGACCCUGGAGCCUCAUCAGAACUUGCUCAAUGGUGUCCUCGUUCUUUGGGGCUGCAGGAUCCUGCUAGGGUACCCCCUCCAGUGCAAGCAAGAAUCCAUGAGUUCCAGGAGCAAAGGUCAUGGAGUCCCUGACCUCUGGUCACUAGGGGGUGCUGGGUCAUGCCAGGUACCUAGAGAGGCCUCUGUCCGGGCAGCCUAGUCUGCUCUGCUAUAGGCACUUUAUUUAGAGGUAGCUGCUCUGUGGAGGGGAGUGACUGCUGGGCCAGAAGCCGAGACUCCAGGGGCCCUUGGCAGACUGAGUCCACUUCCUUGGAGCCACCCCUGCAAUACAAACAAACAAAAUCCUGGGGACUUUCCUCCUGCGUCCUCCUGCCCUGUCCUGUUUCCCAGAUGCUUCCUCAGCCCCACCCCACUCCUAGUCCUCAGACGAGGUUUUAUUGGUGCACGGGGCCAGCUGUGGUCCCUUCACUUUGGACAUAAAUCAGCCUCUCCUCCAUUCCAUGGGUGGGGACAAAGGAAGCCAUUUCGGAAAGGACACCAAAGUAGAAGUCAGAAGAAAGACACAUCGCCCUGGAACCGCUGUGUUUUUUUGUUUUUGUUUUUUCCUGUCUGUAAAUUCAACCCCUGAGGGUGACAAAGGGUGGUGGCUGGAGGGUGGGGCCUCACGUGACAGCCAGGCCCCAGAUGUACCCAGGCAUAGGAUGCUGUUGCCUGGCUUGAAUGAUUCCUUUACGCCACCUCUCCUGCCUCCCUUGGACAAUCACAGAAACCAUUUAUUCUCUCCCUUUGCUUCAUGCAAGAGUUGCUGAGGGACCUUCUACAUCAGCCGGCUGCUGCUACAUAACAAAACCACCUUAAACCAAUAACCAAUUCUGUGAAUUGGCAAAUUAGGUUGAACUCAGCUGGUGGUUCCAUUGGUUUCAGCUCAGCUCACUUAUAUGUCUGCAGUCAACUGCUGGUCACUGCUCUGGGGUUGGCUGGCUGUUGGCUAAGGUGGUGGAGAUGCGUGGUCUCUGUGUCUCCAGUUUUCCAGUAGGCUUGCCCUGUUCCCGUAACAGCUGGGGAGGGUUGCAAGAGAGCAGGACCAGGAUUAGAGGGAGACACGUGAGGCACUUACCUUGGGCACAAAAAAGCAAUCAAGUAAUAUUUUAAUGUA